AGGACGAUGGCUCUGUCCGCGAGGCCCGAGGGAGAAAAUCUUCUAGCCCCUAGCAAGAUCGUGAGGGAUGAUACUAGUGGUGGUGGUUCUUCAACAUCAGCCUACUCUCAGGCAGAGGCCACUGCCCAGAUGGCAAAUUGUCUAAAAAAUUGGCUUUCUGAGGGGAUCAAUGAUUUGUUUUUUUGGCAGGGGAUCAAUGACUUGGCGGCAUGGAUUGUUGCCAACCAUGCCCAUCUCGAGGAGGUCAGGGGGCGUCGCCAGCUAUGCUACAUAGCCAAAUGUGCCUUGGAGAGUUGGCGGACGGACAGGGUUAAAUUGGCUGCUCUAGUUGAGGAUAGGGAGGAGCUGAAAAUCCUAUUGGAGCAAUCCGAGAGCUACUCCCACUCUUUGCAGGGUGAUCUGGAGAUACGCGAGGCUGAACUCCUCUGGCAGCAUGAAGCAGCCUGCCUAGCAAAUGAGGCCAAGGCCAAGGCCAACUUUGCCUCGUCAAUUCUCCUUUCGGAGAGGGAUUCUACCAGGCUGCAACUUUUGGAGGCUCAGGAAAGUCUUAAGGCUGAAAGCUCUCGUCUUGCCGCCCAUGAUGAGGCACUGUCCUCUCUUCGUGCAGACCUGGCCCAUUCUCAAGACAGCUGCAGGUCCUCCAAGGAGAGUCUUCGGGAGGCAAACUUGGCCCUUGGUGCCAGCCAGCGGAGUCUGUUCAAGAAGGAGGGGGAGCUGAUUGCUACUCGGGAAGAGGUCGCAUGGCUUCGCGACCAGUUAGCCCAUGUCCGUGCUACGAGGGAUGAUGCCUUCGCUUUUGGGUAUGGCAGCGACAUUAGGAGGUUAAGGGACCAUCUUUUGGCUGAUCCUGCCGCCAAGCUCAGGAUUCUUGACCAGAAUUUGUUCUACCCUGAGGAAACUUCCCUUCGUGUGGUUGACGAGUUCGGGCGGAAAGAGAUGCCUGACGUUUUUGCUAACGUGCCUCGAGCCUUUUAGCCUGAAGAUGCCCCUUGAAUGCCCCUUCCCAUUUUUGUUAAACCCAUUUUUUG